CCGGCUGACCUGAAGGGCGUUUAUAACGCAAAGAGUCAUCCGAAAUAUCAGAAUGGCGAGUGGACUGAACAGGACGUCUUCAGAGAGUACCUCAAGACUUUUGAGUGUGGAAGCAGCGACGUAGAUGGGAAAGUGACUUGGGACGAGUUUCUCAACUACUACAGUGGCAUCAGUGCCUCCGUGGACGACGAUAUCUACUUUGACUUGAUGAUGCGGAAUGCCUACAAACUGUAA